AAUACAUGACAAUACACAGCCACUUCAACAAAAUCACUCAAACAUUAUUUGAAGGUGAAACCCCAGCUGAUUUGUUCAAUGCAAGCAAAAAUGAGUUCUUUGCAAGAGAAUGGGACUUAUGAGCUAGUAGAACUUCCAAAGGACAAAAAGGCUCUUAACAACAGAUGGAUUUUCAGAGUAAAACCUGAAGUGAACAAUCCUAAUCCAAGGUACAAAGCUAGAUUAGUGAUGAAAGUAGUAGCCAACUUGAAUUUAGAAAUUGAACAGCUCAAUGUUGAGACAACUUUUCUCCAUGGUGAUCUUAAGGAGGAGAUCUACAUGAAGCAACUUGAGGGUUUUGAGGUGCAAGGCAAGAAGAAUCUUGUGUGCAAAUUGAAGAAAAGCUUGUAUGGUCUUAAACAAGCUCCGAGACAAUGGUAUCCAUAUAGUGGUUUUUUGAUACUUUUUCUUUAUGUGGAUGACAUGCUAAUUGUUGGCCUUAACACAAAAAAAAUUGCAUCCUUGAAGAAUGACUUGAGCAAGUCCUUUUCUAUGAAGGAUUUGGGUCCAGCAAAGCAAAUUCUUGGAAUGAAAUCUUCCAAGAUAGAAAGAACAACAAGCUAUGGUUGUGACAAGAAAAAUAUAUUGAGAAGGUGCUUGAUAGGUUUAACAAGAGUAAAGCAAAACCUGUGGGCACUCCACUUGCUGGCCACUUCAAACUUAUCACAAAGCAAGUGUCCUACAAGCAACGAGGAAGCAGAAGGCAUGAAGAAUGAUGCCAUGGUGUGCACAAAGUUAGAUAUAGCUCAUGCAAUAGUGGUAAUGGGUAGAUUUUUAUCCAAUCCUGGCAAGCAACAUUGGGCAGCAGUUAAGUGGAUUUUCAGGUAUCUUAAAGGUACAUCUCACAUGUGCUUAUGUUAUGGUGAGCAUGAACCUUUACUUAAUGGCUAUAAUGAUGUUGAUUUGGGUGGAGAUUUGGACUCUAGAAAGUCCACCUCAAGAUACUUGAUGCUUUAUGCAGGGGGAGCAAUUUCAUGGAAGUCAAAACUGCAGAAAAGUGUAUCAUUAUUGACUACAAAAGCUGAGUAUAUAGCUCUUUCUGAAGCAAGAAAGGAGAUUGUGUGGAUGAAGACUUUCUUUGAAGAAUUGGGUCUUAAGAAAAAGAAAUUUAUGCUGUUCUGUGAUAACCAAAGUGCAAUUUAUUUGAGCAAGAACCCACAAUUUCACUCCAGAACCAAGCAUGUUGAUUUAAGGUAUCAUUGGAUAUGUGAUGCAAUUGAAGAAAAGGUGCUUGAUGUUGAGAAGGUCCACACGGAUGACAACAGCUUUGAUAUGAUGAUCAAGUCCUUGGUCAGAAGCAAAUUUGAGUUUUGCAGAUCACAAGUUGGCUUGUUAGAGCCCCCAACUAGCUCGGGCAAGGGAUAUUGUUGAGCUAGCCCUCCCAAGUUGGGUGGCUCAACAAUGGAGGUGCACCUUGAGUGCACUGAGAAUGGCAGAAACUUGGGAAGUUUUUAUUUGAAGAUGAACAGUAGUUGUCGACACGGACUUCCCUAUUCUUGAAGAAAAGGGGAAAAGUAAAGUAGAUACCUCUAA